UGGAAAGAGAAGAAGGCAAUAACGCGACGCUUGUUUGUUUCGCCAUCGCUUGGUGCAAUUUGAAAACAGUUUUUAAUUUUUAACCAGAUACACGCAGUUCCAAUAUCGGCUGCGGAUAACGUUAUACAGAUAAAGCUUAACGAAAUGGCCAGACCGAAGGGGAAGGCGGGCGAAAAGGAGAAGGAGACGGCCAAACCAAAGGCGACAGUUGGGCGAAAGCGUCAGGCGACCACCAAAAAUAAAUCCAACAAAGAUGUGGAGAAGGAAAACAAGGAGGCCACCUCCUCCAACGCAACUACAAACCCUUCCUCGUCCCCGGAACUCAUGUACUCGAUCAUGCGACAAGCCGAGCUCAAAGAAUCCAUGCAUAAGCGCUACGUCAAGGAGAUGCAGCAACUGUACACAAAGAUGGGCCACGAGCCCUUUCGACAGGCCUUCAUAAAUGUACUGAAGGCCGUCCUAGAAGCGGAGGAAGGCAACGAAAACGCAAAUAUGGCCCUCAACUUCUGUGCCACCUUCGUCGCCAGUCCGGACUCGGAGUCGGAGCCCAUGCUGGGCGAAACCUUUCGCUGGUUGCUUACGACCUACUCCAGUAGCCCCCAUAUACGAUAUCGCAUCUGCUACUUCGUGAAUCUCAUACUUAAGGAACUCGGACCCAAUGCCGCUUUGGAUGACAAACAAUGCGAUGAAAUCCUGGACGCGAUGCUGGAAAGGGUGAAGGAUGUGUCUGCCAGUGUACGCAAGCAGGCUGUGCUGGCCAUGCAGCGCCUUCAAAAUCCGGACAAUCCCAAUGACCUCGUCGUUUGUGCGUACCAGUACCACUUAACUUCCGAUCCCUCGGCCAAUGUGCGCCAGUGCAUCAUCACGUGCAUGGGCCGCAACUACAUUACCAUCCCGCACAUUUUGCAACGCUUGUGGGACGUCGAUGAGAAGGUGCGUCGACAUACGUACGUAAACAUGUGCAACUACCCGGUGCGCUCCUACAAAGUUGCACAGCGCCUCACACUGCUGGAACAGGGACUUAACGACACAUCGGCCACCGUGCGCAAAACGGUGAUCAACUACAUGCUCAAAUCGUGGAUCGAGUCGUACCAGCAAAACUACAUCGCUCUCACGGCGGCCCUCAAGCUGGACUCCAACGAGGAGGAGCUUCUACGCUUCCGGCGCGUGGCUAAGCAAAUGUUAAGAGUAAUCUUUGAUCAGACGGACCACCAGAAACUCAUAGAGCAGCUGCCUUUAAGCGACGACUGUGAACUGCAUCGCUGCAUACCACACGAAUUACUGACCGUGGAACUGCUGAUAUACUGGCAGUGUCUCAGCGAAUAUUUGGAGACAGAAGCUCCCGAAAUGGAGUCCGUGCUCCCGGAACUCAGUGUCUUCUGCAAAUAUAUGGAGAAAUUCUGUCAGUUUCAAAAGCCAGACAUGGACAAGUUUGCCCAGGUGGAGUUCCAAAACAUGCUGCUCUCGCUAGUAGAAAUUCUAGAGUCAUACGACUUGGGCGACGAGAUCGGACGUGGCAAUAUGCGUCUGCUGAUCGCCAACCUGCUGAAGGACUGCCUGUUGGACCACAAAAUCGUGAGCGUGCUGGUGCGCUGCAUGGAGCAACUGAUAACCGAUGUGAACGAUCGGAUGCAGUUCUUCAUUGAAAUCAUCUACGAACUGUGUGAGCUUAACACUAAACAGAACGAGCUGAUUCAUGACCGCAGUUUGAUUAAUAAGUUGCUGGACGACUUGGACACGCCGCUCAAGAUGAAGAUCUCCUCGUUGAAGGUGAAAAUCCUUGAAAUGGAAGAGCAGGAGGACAAUUAUGUGCGUCAAAAGGAGUACAUGCGGGCGCAGUCUAUAAACGAUGAGAAGACCGCCGUCACCGAAGAGUAUACGGAGUUAAUUCGGCCGUUGCUGGAGCGGAAUGGUGUUCUUGAGGUGCCCGCCCGCCCAAAGCUCUCAAAGCAAGAGCGUGUGCUGAAAGGACUGUACACAUGCUACUACAUGACUGCCUCACCGCACGUCAACAAGUUGACGCCAAGCCUUUGCCAGCUUUACAAGGACUUCAUCUGUCGCUAUCUGCCCAGCGCCGAGGUAGAUAUUUUUGAGUGGGCCAUUAAGUGCGGUACCACCUACAGUAUGUUCUAUGAAGCCUACUGCAAGGAGGUCUUCGAGGUGGUGGUUGUGCAGUUUUUCAACAACAACGUUGUGAGGCUAUGUGAGACGGCGGCCAACUGUAUGAUGGAGUUACUUGACCGCUAUGGCAUAGACUAUUUCAACGAUCUAAACCAAACCGGCGGUCAAGCGUCAAAGACAAAGCGGCGACAGCUCUAUACAAUGCAAGAGGUCUACGACGACGACGAUGGCAGUCAGUCGCAAAACAAUGAGCAGAAUACGGACAUAAUUAUGGUAAUGGGACACUACUUGGAGAGAGUGCAGAACAAAGGCGUGGGAUUGGCCAUCGUUCGUGGGCUCUGCCGCUUGGUGCUCCGUGGCCAUCUCGACGAUCGCACUGAUGUGCUGGAGCAACUAUUGAAGCGGUACUUCAACCCAAACACCGAGCCCAUGAUUAGCCAGGUGUUGGGCAUGUUCUUCGAAGAAUUAAGGCGCCUCAACAAGCAGAGUCUCCUACAGCCGUGCUUCCUGCCCACCGUUUGGACCAUUAUGAACUGCAGUUUUGACUCGCCGCUUAGCGGUGUCGCACCUGAAAACUUAACCAAGUUCUUCCUUGAAAUGACAGUGCAAGAGAUCAGCACGCCACAAACGAAUAUCCACAACAAAAUAGCAAUAAGUUUUCUGCAAUAUAUUCAGAACUAUUUUACGGAACGCAAGGAGAUGUGCCGCUUACUAUCCAAGGAGCUAACGUCUCUAUCAGUAAACGUAUUCAACGGACCGGAGAUUAAGACUGAAAUGUUGCAGCUAGCGGACAAGUUAAUUGCUAGCGAAUUGGAUCCCCGCAUGAUCAAGAACAUUGACAACUUUAAGAUGAUGGUCAACGGCAGCUUCAAUCCGCCCCCUCGUCGGAAUCCCGGUGAGGGUGACAGCGAUGAAGAGUGCGAAACUGCAACUGUGACCACUGCGGCGGAGUCGGAAACAGCAGUGCCAGCGGAGACAACAGAACCUGCUCCCGAAAGUUCUUCUUCCAACGAGCCGGCGCUAAUUUCUGGCCCACAAACUCAGCAGAACGAAUUAAUCGAAGAAAACACUGCAGCAACUCCAAAAGCGGCAGAACCAGCAGCACCAACACCUGAGCCUAUUAUAACCACUUAUGGUAAGGAUAACAUUGUCGGGAUACGUUACUUGCGUCGCUCCAUGGCCAUUAGCCAAUCGGAAGCCGAGAGCUUAUUGGGGCCUCAGUCGCCUAAUCCUGAGGAAAAUACGGAAACGGAGGCGGCAGAGACAUCUAAACGGAACUUACGCCAGCCGCAAAUGAGAAAACGUCUCGAAAUGGCAAUUGCCAGGUCAUCUAAAACACCGGAAAAGCGCCCCUCUAGUGGGGAGGAAUCAUCCGAUGAAGAGAUUACCGAGAGCCCAACCGCAGAAAAUAAGUCAAACGAUUCUGAGGUGAUCGAGGCAUCGCCCACAGCUGCCUCACCAAGUCCGAAAAAUGCACCGGAUGCCAGCCACCUACGUAUUCGCUCGCUGCGUAACAGGACAGCAGCCAGCACUUCCGUAUCCCAGCCCACAUCCACCCCAGUAAGCAAACGAAAAAUUCUGCAUCUGGAGACGCCUUUAAGAAACGGACGAAAACGAGUGCUGAGACGAACUCCGUCAGAUCCGAAAUCACGAUCCCUGCGGUCCACUGAUCCGUCUGCUCCGUCUCCGCCUCACGAAUCACCGUUGCGGAAACAGCAACGCCUGGACAACAGAAGUUCCCGGCGUCAGCAGAUGGUCAAGAACACGAACAGUCCCACGGACAGUACAUCUUCGGUUAAGGAAAACGAAGUGCCUUCGGCAACUAUUAAUCUAGCGGACUCGGAAUCUGACGCAGUAUCAGAAUCGGAAUCCGAGUCUGAACCAGAACCAAGGCCUACAAAGUCUAAGAAGCCGAUCAGUAAGACGAUAUCCCUUAUUCGUUCCCGCCCCAGCUCCAGCACACCAAAAGUGACCACGAGAAACGAUGCGCGCGCCCAGCGUAUAAAUUCUAUGUGCAUGACUCGGAAACGGAUGUCUCUCGAAAUGAAUCUGAGUGGCGGUCAGCUGCAAGUGUCUACGCCGAAGAGAGUGACGCGAGCUGUGGCCUUGUCCAUGAGCAUGGAUGGUAAGCGGGGGAGGCGGAAAUAGCGUACAUCUGGCUUCAUCGCUACCCAUUGUGUGUUCUGUUUUUGUUCGUUAGAAUUAAGAUGCGUGGUCUGUUUUUUGUGUAAAAUAUGUGUACAAUAUCUAGUAGUUUCAAGUUUAAAUAAAUCGUUGAUUAAUUUGACAAAAUUA